AUGUCUUCUCAUAACUCUGGUACGGCGAAUGUAGUUGGCGCGCAUUACCGUGUUGGCAAGAAAAUCGGAGAAGGCUCAUUCGGUGUUAUCUUCGAAGGAACGAACUUGUUAAACUCCACGACUGUCGCCAUCAAGUUUGAGCCACGCAAAGCAGAGGCACCUCAACUCCGAGAUGAAUGUCGUUCAUACCGUAUCCUAGCUGGCUGCACUGGUAUUCCCCAAAUAUAUCACUUUGGGCAGGAAGGCCUCCACAACAUUUUGGUGAUUGAUCUUUUGGGACCCAGCCUGGAGGAUCUAUUUGAUAUGUGCGGCCGCAAGUUUUCUAUCAAGACGGUGUGCAUGGCAGCCCGACAAAUGUUGUCCCGGGUACAAACUAUCCACGACAAAAAUCUUAUUUACCGAGACAUCAAGCCUGACAACUUCCUCAUUGGGCGUCCGGGCACGAAGUCGGCCAAUCUCAUUCAUGUCGUUGACUUUGGAAUGGCCAAACAAUACCGCGAUCCUAAAACCAAGCAACACAUUCCUUACCGGGAACGGAAAAGUUUGAGUGGCACGGCACGAUACAUGAGCAUCAAUACUCAUUUGGGGCGAGAGCAAUCUCGGAGAGACGAUUUAGAAGCGCUUGGGCAUGUCUUCAUGUACUUUUUGCGGGGAAGUCUACCUUGGCAAGGGCUGAAGGCUGCCACCAACAAGCAAAAGUACGAAAAGAUUGGAGAAAAGAAGCAGACGACACCCAUCAAGGACCUAUGCGAGGGAUAUCCAGAGGAAUUCGGUAUCUACUUGAACUAUGUUCGAAAGCUUGGAUUUGAGGAGACCCCGGACUAUGAUUUCUUGAGGGAGCUCUUUUCCAAAGUCAUGAAGAAUAACAACGACCCAGACGAUGGCAUUUUUGAUUGGAACUUAUUGAAUGGUGGUAAAGGUUGGGAAGCUUCGCAGGGGCAAUCGCAAGUACUUGCUCAAAUACAGAAUGCCGCCGUAGCACCCGCGCCGCAAGACCGUCGAAAAGAUUUGGAACGACGUCGGGAUGCGGAUUGGCGCCGCACAUCUCAGACUGGUGGAGUUAACCCACCUUCACCAGCGCUCGUUAGACACGGCUCGAAGCGUAGAGUCCCUAAUGCGCUUACCCCUGGAGCAGGAAAUGCACCUGGUGGCACUGCUACCCCUCUCUCUGCUGCUGCUCAGAUUAACGUUCCAAUCUCGACGCCACAAAACAGAUCUAAUAAUGUUGGUGCGCCGCAACAUCCUUACGCGAAUGUAGUUACUGGUGAAUACGGCUGGGACGCAGGCGAGGAACCAUACGGAUCUCAAGCUGCAUACGGACGUGCAUCUCCUAUGGUGUCGACGGUUGGGGCUGCUCCACCUGCAAUAAGCGCAGUACGUGCCCACGGCAAUGAAGCAGGUGUUUCUCGCGGCGAGGACUACCGCCAGCAACAAGAUGACGACCCUCCCCAACCAAAGUCGAGUAUCUGGAGAAUCCUUACAUGCCGGUGCGGCUGAUUGUCGCCAACUUCUGGUUCUUCCCCUAUUUCUGUUCCAUGCUAUGAUCAACGUAACUCCAUCCAUCGUCAGUCAUUACCUUCGACGCUUUGAUAUAUACCCCAUUCAUUACUUGCACCUAAUAUCCACUUUCUCGGUUUAUGUUUGGACAUCCGCCGUAGCUUUGAUCAAAUGAUCAAAUCUUGCUCUUGACUAUCUUUGUACGGAUUCACUGACUACCAGGAGUGUGUAAGUAAAUUGGUGAUGGGAGUGGUAUACAAGAGUAAUUAUGAUUUGAGAUAU